ACCUCAUGAGUGAAAUCCAACAUGGCCACGCAGUAGGAGGAUCACACUUCAAAUGACAAAUACAACUGAGCCGUAGUGCUGUUUUUGUAUAUUAAAGUUAACUCCCGUGUCGCGAUGUGGCUGCCACUUCACACAGUCAGCAGAAGGAGCUCCGUCGCUGCUCUUUUACAGAUUUCAAGGCACAGGGGGAAAGAUAACGUGUCCCUCUUCAGUCAUUCAGCUGGACUUCGAGCACAAACAUGCCCGGCUCUUCUGUAUAGAAAACACGGAGACCCUUCAAAAGUCGUCCAGUUGGAGGAUGUAGAUCUGCCCCCCAUAGGUGCAAAGGAUGUCCUGGUUAAAAUGCUUGCAGCUCCAAUCAACCCAUCUGACAUAAACAUGAUUCAAGGUACUUAUGCUAUCCUGCCUGACCUCCCAGCUGUUGGGGGCAACGAGGGAGUGGCCCAGGUCGUAGAAGUGGGCAGCCAGGUGAAGUCCCUCAAAACAGGAGACUGGGUCAUCCCAAAAGAUGCUGGUCUAGGGACCUGGAGGACAGAGGCAGUGCUAGCUGAGGACGAUGUAAUCUCACUUCCGAAUGACAUUCCCUUGUUGUCUGCUGCCACACUGGGAGUGAAUCCCUGCACCGCCUUCAGGAUGCUCUCUGACUUUGAAGAUCUUAAGCCAGGUGAUUCUGUGAUCCAGAACGCAGCUAACAGUGGAGUUGGGCAGGCGGUGAUACAGAUUGCUGCUGCACGGGGAUUAAACACUAUCAACGUCGUCAGAGACAGGCCAGAGUUCACACAGCUCAGUGAUAGGCUGAAGGCCAUCGGAGCAACUCAUGUGAUCAAAGAAGAGGCACUGAGGCGGCCUGAGAUUAAGGAACUGUUCAAGACCUGUCCAAAGCCUAAACUGGCACUGAAUGGAGUCGGAGGCAAGAGCGCAACAGAACUGCUCCGUCAUCUACAAUUUGGAGGAUCUAUGGUGACAUAUGGAGGGAUGGCCAAACAGCCAGUCACGGUCCCUGUGAGUGCUCUCAUUUUUAAGGAUGUGAAGGUUCGUGGGUUUUGGGUCACACAGUGGAAAAAAGAUCAGUCAAACAAUGGAACAGCAUUUAGAGUCAUGCUGGAUGAACUGUGCCACCUCAUCCGGCAGGGAAAGCUGACAGCUCCUGUCUGCACAGAGGUGGGCCUCCAAGACUUCAGCAAAGCUCUGGAUACAGCCAUGCAGCCUUUCACUUCAGCUAAACAGAUCUUGAUCAUGUGAACGCACUCAUCGACUAACUACUACACUGCAUUGACCAAAGUUUAUGAACUGAAGCGUAACCACAAGGUUGCCACUUUAUUGUUGAUGCGUCAAUCAAAUGCACUGCUCAAGAACAUAAUAAAUGUGUUUUCACAGCCGG